GUUGGACUGUCGAUCCCCACUCAUAUUUAAAUGCCGUGUCAUGAAUAAAUUUUAGACCUUUGCCAGAGUAUUAUUUACAUUUUGAGGAUUACAUUAAAUACGGAUGUCAAAAUCGUGCAACUUGGCAGUACAGGUUAGGCAAGGGUCUGCCAAGAUCUGAGCGCUUUCUCGUACAGAAGGACAAUCACGACACAAGUGAUCAGUUUUUGCGUACAGAGAAAGAAACAGAUCCCCAUCAGUCAUACAGGAAUUUGCUAUGUGAUGGUUGUCAGUUCUGUGGACGUGUUUUGUAGGCUUUCGAAAGAUCUUGAAGUGAACAACAAAGAAAUAUCUCAUAAGAUUGAGAAGAAGACGGAAAAAAGACGAUGCAAGUCGGUAUCGUUUGCAGAUACGAAAGGUCUGGCUUUAACAUCGACGUUCUUCUUCACGAAAGAUGAUCUAUCGCCUCCUGUGACGCGUCGUAGGUCAGCCUGUACACGAAUAAAAGACAACAAACAGCAAAGUGAACCAGGUCAACCUGCAGCAAGAUUGCUCAACUUUACUUUAAAUACCUCGUAUAAAGAGAUUCAAAAUAAAGUUGAAACGACAAACGUUUGCUUUGAGAUUAUAAUUUGCUACACGUUUGGAAUCUACGGGCGAAUUCGCGUGAAGAACAUUGCGUAUGAGAAACUCGUAUCUGUGAGAUACACCUUUGAUGCAUGGCAGUCAAGUAAAGAGGAAACAGCGAAAUACAUUUAUGGAGCAAGUACUGACACCACAGACACUUUCUUCUUCCAUAUUCGUCCGCCAAAGACAACCACUGGCACUGACCGCAAGAUGGAAUUUGCAAUCCGUUAUCGGGUUUGUGGUCAAGAAUUUUGGGACAACAAUUUCGGCGAUAAUUAUCGUUUGGUCUACUACAAGACUACGAAACUCACAACGGAUCUGUCUUUGCAUAAUGAUCUUCCUGAUAGAAAUAUCUAGGAUUAUUGCCCAAUGAAUGAUAGUAUAAUAUAGAGUUAUUGUGUGAGUGAAGAUGUGUAAUGUUGUAGAGAAUGAUCGUCGACUGAAAAUUCUUGUUGAAUGUCGCGGAAAGAAUGAGAUACGACAGCCGAGUGUGAACUCAAGUUGAUAUCAUUUGUGUAGAUAGAGCUUUGUAUAGAAUUGAAAUUUCCCAGUGUAACUGCAUAAUCAUAAAGCCUUUUAAAGUUUUGUAAAUAAAAUAAGCAAAAAGAAAAGUUGGCGUAAGUCCUUUAUAAUCCCUCGGCUUUGAAAGUCAACAAAUGUCAUCAAUUUACGCUUCACCUGGCCUGCUACUAGAGAAUAAGGUUUGGUGCUUUGAAGAUUGUGGACAGAAAAACAUCGAUAUAGCUCCGGAAGACGUGUUAAAAUUGAUUAAAGGCUAGCUUUUUAAUAUAAGAUAUGCGCAUCUGUAUUUCUUAUUUUAUUAACAUCUCGUUUUUAUGACAUCCUUAACUUCCAAGGCCAUCUGCCGCUUUAUCCAAUCUUGAAGA